AGCUAUCUCUGUGAAGACUUUUUUUUUUUUUUUUUUUGCCGUGUGACGACUUCUUCUUCUUCGACCUCCUUCUCUUCCAAGCUUUGCUUCUUAAAAUCCAUUUCGUAAAACCCCUCAUACCUAUCUUUUCUCAAUCCUCGAUCUCUUUUGUAUCGUAAUUCAUGAACCCCUUUGUAAUAUUUAUAAUUAUCCUUCUCUUCUGGCGAUUGGAUUACAGUUACUUCUUCUUCUUCUUCUGAUAAAGUUUUGAUUUUGUGUACGAAAUAAAUACAAAGUGGAGAAACCUCGGUGUUUUAAUCUCUUUUCGAUAAUGAAGUGUUUCUUGUUCUCUGGUGGGGACAAGAAAGGGGAACAGAAGACCCCUAUCUCGGUUUCAUUGACUUCUAACUUCUCUGACCGCGAAAUAAACCGCAGCGGGUCAGAGUUCAACUCUCGGGAUGUCUCUGGGACGAGCACAGAAUCAUCCAUGGGGAGGAAGAACUCGUACCCUACAAUGUCUACUAGAGCAAGUAAUAUCAGAGAGUUCAGCAUUACUGAUCUCAAGUCUGCAACAAAGAACUUUAGCCGAUCUGUUAUGAUCGGAGAAGGUGGUUUCGGGUGUGUCUUCAGGGGGACAGUGAGGAACUUAGAGGACCCGUCAAAUAAAAUCGAAGUCGCGGUGAAGCAGCUCGGUAAAAGAGGGUUGCAGGGGCAUAAGGAAUGGGUUACGGAAGUUAACUUCCUCGGGAUAGUUGAGCAUAAAAACUUGGUGAAAUUGCUUGGCUAUUGUGCAGAAGAUGAUGAACGUGGAAUCCAACGGCUUUUGGUUUAUGAAUACAUGCCUAACCGAAGUGUUGAAUUCCACUUAUCCCCUCGCUCACUCACAGUUCUUACUUGGGACCUUAGAUUGAGAAUCGCCCAAGAUGCAGCUCGUGGCUUAACAUACCUGCACGAAGAAAUGGAGUUUCAGAUAAUAUUCCGGGAUUUCAAGUCCUCGAACAUUCUUUUGGAUGAGGACUGGAAAGCAAAGCUCUCAGAUUUCGGUUUGGCUCGUUUAGGUCCAUCGGAAGGACUAACCCAUGUUUCUACUGAUGUCGUUGGUACAAUGGGUUAUGCAGCACCUGAAUACAUUCAAACCGGUCGUCUCACAUCGAAAAGCGACGUGUGGGGAUAUGGAGUCUUCCUCUAUGAGCUUAUCACAGGGAGACGACCGGUGGACAGAAACAGACCCAAGGGAGAGCAGAAGCUUCUAGAAUGGGUGAGACCUUAUCUAUCUGACACAAGGAAGUUCAAGCUCAUAUUAGACCCGAGGCUCGAAGGAAAGUACCCAAUCAAAUCGGUUCAAAAGCUAGCAGUUGUGGCCAACAGAUGUUUGGUUAGGAACUCAAAGGCACGUCCCAAGAUGAGUGAGGUGUUAGAGAUGGUGACCAAGAUUGUGGAAGCGUCUUCAGGGAACGGUAGCCCGCAGCUAGUUCCGCUGAACAGUCUAAAAGCUUCGAGAGGCGCGGGAGGAAAGAACAAGAGGGUUUUAGAGACGAGGAACAAUGGUGGUGGAGGUGAAGGAGGUUGGUUUGGCAAGUUAUGGAAUCCGAAGACAAUAAGAGCUUGUUGACUUCUUUAGAAUUCAAACUCUUCUUACAAAACAAAAGGACUCUAGAAAGGUUUCAUGGAGAUUGCAAAGCUUGAAGAUUGUGGCGAGAUCAAGAUCAAGCUCAAGCUUGUAUACAUACAUAAAGAUAAUUAUAUAUGAAGAUUUGUGAAAGAUUCUAAAAUGAUACUAUAAUAUAAUGUUUGUAUGAUUACAGCUUAAUUAGUAAGAUAUGUAUAUUUUAGUAUAUAAGCAAGAAUGGCUUAUCAGAGUUUUUGUUCCAAAG